GUGGCAAUUUUUUUAGAUAAAGUUCACUUCCUGUUUCUUACACCGUACCUAGUCGACGUAGACAUGGCACUUCCAGCAGCAAGUUCGACAUCUGUUGGUGGGGGAGGCCGUGGUGGCCCAUCAAAGACAAUAGCCCCAAGAUCAGGCGGCACCACAGCUAGACAAAGGAAAGCACCAGCUUCAAGUAGUGGUGGUACACGCAAGGCAGCUGGAGGUAGUGCUGGCAUGUGGCGUUUUUACACGGAGGAUUCCCCUGGCAUCAAAGUUGGACCUGUUCCUGUUUUGGUCAUGAGUCUCAUAUUCAUCGCUUCCGUCUUCAUGCUACACAUUUGGGGAAAAUACACACGUAGUUAACAAGUUGAUGGCUGAACUUCUUUCCUUUACAUAGACGUACAACUAAUUAUGGACCAUUAAUUUGGAAAAGAAAAAUUGGAAUACAUAUAAAAAAAAUUCUACAUCUUGAGGAUGUGAUGCAUUUCAUUGUGAAUAUGAUGUUGAAAGCUGUGAGGGUCAAUGUAUUUAUUUCUUUUAGAGAUUUUGAAAUUUUUAAGUGAGUUUCAUUCCACUCAUUAAGAUUUAUGCUGAAUGGUCUGGUAGCUACUCUUGGAACUUAAUGUAUGAUAUUUUUACUAAUCAAAUUUCAACAGGUGUAUGGAGUUGAAUGGCUGUGUGUUUUUGCUGUGUUGGUUGAGGAUUUUAAAUCUUAUAUUGAAUGCGAUUAAAUAUUGAAUGUUACUAGA